AGAGGAGAGGAAAAGAGGGAAGUAGGAAAAGGCGAAGGGUUUAGGGAGACGGGGCCGGGAGAGGGAGAGGAGGAGGAGGAGGAGGAGGAGGAGGAGGAGGAGGAGGAGGAGGAGGAGGAGGAGGAGAAAGAGGGAGGAGGAGGAGAAAGAGGGAGGAGGAGGAGGAAGGGGGAGGAGGAGGAAGAGGGAGGAGGAGGAGAACAUGGGGAAGGGGAAGGGGAAGGGGAAGGGGAAGGGGAAGGGGAAGGGGAAGGGGAAGGGGAAGGGGAAGGGGAAGGGGAAGGGGAAGGGGAAGGGGAAGGGGAAGGGGAAGGGGAAGGGGAAGGGGAAGGGGAAGGGGAAGGGGAAGGGGAAGGGGAAGGGGAAGGGGAAGGGGAAGGGGAAGGGGAAGGGGAAGGGGAAGGGGAAGGGGAAGGGGAAGGGGAAGGGGAAGGGGAAGGGGAAGGGGAAGGGGAAGGGGAAGGGGAAGGGGAAGGGGAAGGGGAAGGGGAAGGGGAAGGGGAAGGGGAAGGGGAAGGGGAAGGGGAAGGGGAAGGGGAAGGGGAAGGGGAAGGGGAAGGGGAAGGGGAAGGGGAAGGGGAAGGGGAAGGGGAAGGGGAAGGGGAAGGGGAAGGGGAAGGGGAAGGGGAAGGGGAAGGGGAAGGGGAAGGGGAAGGGGAAGGGGAAGGGGAAGGGGAAGGGGAAGGGGAAGGGGAAGGGGAAGGGGAAGGGGAAGGGGAAGGGGAAGGGGAAGGGGAAGGGGAAGGGGAAGGGGAAGGGGAAGGGGAAGGGGAAGGGGAAGGGGAAGGGGAAGGGGAAGGGGAAGGGGAAGGGGAAGGGGAAGGGGAAGGGGAAGGGGAAGGGGAAGGGGAAGGGGAAGGGGAAGGGGAAGGGGAAGGGGAAGGGGAAGGGGAAGGGGAAGGGGAAGGGGAAGGGGAAGGGGAAGGGGAAGGGGAAGGGGAAGGGGAAGGGGAAGGGGAAGGGGAAGGGGAAGGGGAAGGGGAAGGGGAAGGGGAAGGGGAAGGGGAAGGGGAAGGGGAAGGGGAAGGGGAAGGGGAAGGGGAAGGGGAAGGGGAAGGGGAAGGGGAAGGGGAAGGGGAAGGGGAAGGGGAAGGGGAAGGGGAAGGGGAAGGGGAAGGGGAAGGGGAAGGGGAAGGGGAAGGGGAAGGGGAAGGGGAAGGGGAAGGGGAAGGGGAAGGGGAAGGGGAAGGGGAAGGGGAAGGGGAAGGGGAAGGGGAAGGGGAAGGGGAA